AUGGGAUCAAAGGUGGUACCAACAAUCGACUUUGCCAACAUCUCGGACCCCAAACACUCGGAAGCGUUCUGCAACCAACUACGAAGAUCAGGGGUGGCUAUCAUACGAAAUGUAAUCCCCAAGGAGACAGCAGCCAGCUGGAAGCAAGAAGCAAGCGAAUACCUCAGCCAGAACCCAGGCACGCGAGCAGUGCCAACAAAAGACCCCCAGCUUUACGAACUCUACUGGAGUCCAGCCCAGAUCAAAGCCAGGGCACAUCCCAAUGUCAUAGCCGCGCAGAAGUUCGCAAUGGGAAUAUGGGAGUCGAAAGACCCCAACGCCAAAGUCAGCACAAACUUUCCCAUCACAUACGCCGAUCGAGUGCGGAUCCGAACUACUGCCACAACCACAACGACAUGCGGCAGCGGUGGUGAUGAAAGCCGACCCAGCCCUAGCGCCCAUGUCGACAGUGGCAGUGUCGAAAGGUGGGAGCCAGAUGGGUAUGGAAAUGCAGGGACGUACAAGGAGAUCUUCGAUGGGCACUGGGAGGAUUAUAAUCCUUGGAAGAGCUCCUCCCGUGUCCAAGUAACAAGCGAUCUCUAUCAAGGCGCCGGUUCUUGCUCCAUCUUCCGCAUGUUCCAAGGACUUCUAGCCAUGAGUCCCAUCUCCUCCGAUGCCCCAGACUCGGACUCAGAUUCAGACUCGCUCCAAGUUUGUCCCAUGCCCCAGCUAGCCACAGCUUAUUUCCUCCUACGACCCUUCUUCUCUCCUUCGCCCUCUUCAUCGCCGGCCUCUUCAUCCUAUAACCUCAACUCGUCCUCCUCCUCCUCCUUCCCCGUUGCCGGUGAAGGUGAAGGUGGAGAAGACCCAUCAUCACCCUGGCUCUUCGACCAUCCCCACAACUCCAUCCUCCACGGCGCCCUUCCCAGCUACGCCCAAGACAUCAACCCGACCUUGCACCCGCACCUGCAGCUGGACCGCAGUCUGGUGACCAUCCCGCGGUUGGAGCCCGGUGAUUACGUGCUUUGGCAUCCGGACCUAAUUCAUGUUGUUGAUGGGCCUUGGGAGAGGAGGAGGCGGGGACGGCACCAGCAACAGCCGCAAACGCAACCGCAAACCGAUUACCAGAAUCAGCACCACCAGCACCAGCACCACCCCCACCAACCAAGCCAGCCACAACAGCACCAACGAAACCACAGCAUGACCACAAGGAGCAGCAACAACAACCCAAACCUAACCCUCAACCCACACAAAAUAAAACAAACAAUGUCCCUCUACCUCCCCUGCUGCCCCCUAACCCAAACCAACGCGCUCUACCUCUCCCGCCAGCGCAAGGCCUUUCUGCUAGGCAAACCCGGCCCCGACUUUGGUGGAGGCGGGCAAGCGCUUUUCCACCAAGGACACAAGAACUACGGCACUUAUGGGUACGGGUACGGCGGGGUGGGGAGCACGGGGAACGGACUUGGUCUAUUUAGUCAUUUGCGAAGUGAUAGUGGUGGUAGCUAUAGUGGCGGUAGUGUAUGUGGGAGUGGUACGGGUGAUGAGAGCAGUCAUAUGGGCAGGGCAGGGGUGCAGGAUGUUAAUGAUGCGGGCGGGGAUGAUGGGUUGAGGACCAUGGGGCUGUUGCCGUGGGAUGAGGAGGAGGCGAGAACCGAGGCGGAGAGGGAGGUGUUGGCUAUGGCUAAUGGGAUAUUGUUUCCUGAUUUGUAUGAUUGUGGGAGGAUAUGA